AUGAGAGACACACUGCAUUGGGAGAGAACGAGAAACAGAAAGGGGGAGUCACGCACAGACUCGAGCCUGCAUAUUAAUCUAGAUAGAACACAUGCGUACAAUCAACCGCAAGGGGAUUUGUAUCGCUGCUGCACUAAUUUUCUGUUUAGUAGAGAACAGACUCACCAACAAGGAGAAUAUGCUGGCAAUUGUAAGGAGCAUGGCUCGCAGUUGGGGCGAUGCGGAUUUCCAACUAGGAUCCCGGUUCCGAAUUCUUUGCAAUUGUUUGACAUAGAUUACAUCCAUGACGCAAAUUGUAUCCCACCAUUUCUGCAUUUCAAUCCAGUUACACAGAAUUGUGUCACUGAAAAGAGUACCGCACAUGCAAGUUCAAACACGAAUUCCAGUUCAGUGCUUUCCAGAGAAUUCUUAUGUAACAGCGCUUCGACUGUUGAGAUGAGAAACAUAUAUGCAUCCAUGGACAAUUAUUGUGAGAAUCAGUACAGAUGCAAAGAGACCUUUUUUUCUCCCAGAAGAGGCUCCAUAAAUAAUAUAGAUGAGGUUAUUUGA